UUAAACGAUGAACCGAGGAGUUAGAAACUUUCAAAUAAAUUAAAUCUACAGAGAAAAAGAAUUAGUAAAACACGUGCUGCUACUGCUUCUCCUCCUCCUCCGCAUCGCCGGGUCUUCCUCUUUCUCUCCCGUGAAAAUUGCAUUUUAUCAAUCUUCCUUUUCCUUCUUCAGAUUCCCAAAACCCCUUAGCUCUCUCCCUCUCACUCUAAAAUCCUCCAUCAAGUCAACCAAAUCUACAUCAAAAUUUCAAACUUUGUUUCCAUUUUUGUUUCUAAAGAAACAUAAUUAUUCUUCUCUGUAACCCUUUUGCUCUGUUUCUCCAUGAUCAAUAUUAUAAACCGAAUUCAAAACAGAGGACGACAUCUCUGAAUUUUAUUUUAUUUUUCUGGAAAUUUCGUUUCUUUUACCAUUCAAAUUGCGUCUAGCCUCCAAAGAUUCAUCAUGGGGGCGGUGACGUCAUCAGUGGCGGCAAAGUUUGCGUUUUUCCCGCCAAACCCGCCGUCGUACGGUGUCGAGGAGGUAGCAGAAGAAGAGACGGGGAAGCUGAGGCUAACGGGUGUGGAGAACGUGAAGGAGAACGUGGAAGUGUUGAAGCUCAAGACGAAGAGAGGGAAUCAGGUGGUUGCUGCGUAUAUUAAGAACCGUAAAGCCUCGCUCACGCUUCUGUAUUCGCACGGCAACGCCGCUGAUCUCGGCCAGAUGUUCGAGCUCUUCUCCGAGCUCAGCCUCCAUCUUCGUGUUAACUUAAUUGGGUAUGACUAUUCAGGUUAUGGAAGGUCUUCAGGGAAGCCUAGUGAGCAGAACACUUACCACGAUAUAGAAGCAGUGUAUAGAUGUUUGGAAGAGCAGUAUGGUGUCAAGGAACAAGAUGUCAUCUUAUAUGGACAAUCCGUAGGAAGCGGACCGACUUUAGAGUUAGCUUCUAGGUUACCAAACCUCAGAGCUGUUGUUCUCCACAGUGCUAUUGCUUCCGGUCUUAGAGUCAUGUACCCUGUAAAGCGAACUUACUGGUUUGACAUUUACAAGAACAUUGAUAAGAUAUCUCUUGUCAAAUGUCCGGUUCUGGUGGUUCACGGAACAUCAGAUGAUGUUGUGAAUUGGUCUCACGGGAAGCAACUUUUUGAUCUUUGUAAAGAAAAGUAUGAACCGCUAUGGAUCAAAGGAGGAAACCACUGCGACUUAGAGCUAUACCCUCAGUACAUAAAGCAUCUAAAGAAGUUUGUAUCAACGGUUGAGAAGUCUCCUCAUCUUAGAAGUGGAACUGUGCCAGAAACAGAGAAGGCGAGGAGCAGUACAGAUGUUGUUAGAGAACCUUCAAGGCCAAGCACAGAUCAAAGAGAGAAGUCAAGGACGAGUAUGGAUCAAAGAGAGAUGCCUAAGCUGAGUAUAGAGAGUAAGGAUAAAGCGAGAGCGAGCUUUGAUAAGAGAGAAAGAACGAGAAAAAGUGUUGAUGGGUCUGAGAAACCGAGUAAUGCCAAAGAACAGCAAAUACAAACAGAGAAAGGGAGGAAGAGCAUUGACAGGUUUGGGGGGAUGAUAAGAUCAGUAGGGUUGUGCAACAUAGAUUGUUUCAAGCCAACAGCAACAGCUAAGUGAACAUGAACAUACACAUGCAUCCAAAACAUGUAAUUUUAAUUGUUUGAUAUUUGCUUUGUUUUCUUUUAACCCUUUAGUGUUUUGGAAUUAAACAAGUCACAUGUCAAUGAUUCAAAUAGCUUUGAUCUUGUUACUAUUAUAAACAAUGAUAUAGAAUAUGAUCUUCAUUACA